GUGACAGCCACAGAUGCUGACAGUGGCACGUUCGGUUCCCUUUCCUACUCCAUUGGCUCUGGCAUCGGCAGUGUUGUCCCCACACAGUUCAGCAUUGAUAAGCACUCAGGGCAACUGUGCACAGAGCAGCCCCUGGACCGCGACGAGGGCACAUCUGCCUACGACUUCACCAUCACUGCUGUGGACGGGGGCGGCCUGAACUCCAUGGUGUACGUGAAGGUGUUCCUGGAGGACACGAAUGACAACCGGCCAGUGUUUUACCCACUGGAGUACGCUGCCAGCAUCAGCACACAGAGCAUGCCAGGGACGGCAGUGCUGCGUGUCACUGCCCACGACAAGGAUGAGGGGCUGAACGGGAGAGUGACCUAUCGCAUUGUCCUGGGCAACUCACCUCCGCUCUUCUCCCUCAACAAGGACACAGGAGUCAUCUCCCUGUCAUGGUCCCUGAGCGGCAAAGCCAACACCCUGGUGCAGCUGGUGAUCUCUGCACAGGAUGGGGGUGGCCUGCAGGCACAGCCGAACGCUCGGGUGAACAUCAGCAUCGUGGAGGGCACGGUCUCACCCCCUGUCUUUGAGCAGGCUCAGUACCUCUUCACCGUGCCUGAGGACAUGCCACAGGGCACCAGUGUGGGAGCUGUCUGGGCCCAGAACCCGCCAGGUCAUGCUGAUGACAUCUUCUAUUCCAUCUCCUCGGGGGAUCCUCAUGGCUACUUCUCCAUUGACUCAGCCUCGGGGCAGCUCCACACCAGCCUGCCUCUGGAUCACGAGUCCCAGGCAGUCCUCAUCCUGGAUGUCCAGGCCCGGAGCGGUCCACCCCCUGCCUACAGCAACACACGUGUGAAGAUCUCUGUGUCAGACGUGAAUGACAAUGUGCCAGCAUUCCCAACCCCCUCCGACUCCAUCCUGCUGCCAGAGGCCACUCAACCUGGGACUACAGUCUACACAGUGCAGGCUGAGGACCGUGACAGUGGCUCCAACAGCCAAGUGACCUUCGAGCUGGUGUCAGGGGGUGAGGGCACCUUCGGCGUGGAGCGCACCUCGGGGGCGGUGCGGCUGCUUGGGGCCCUGCAGUAUGAGGCCAGCGCAGCCUACAGCCUGGCCAUUGUGGCCCGGGACGGCGGUGUCCCCCAGCUCAGCUCCACCUUCACACUGCUGGUGCACGUGCAAGCCGAGGACGACAACGGGCCCAUCUUUGACACUCUCACCUACCGUGUGGAGGUGCAGGAGGGUGUCCCUGUCUCCACACGCUUCCUGCAGGUGAGGGCCCUGGCGCACGAUGCGGAAUCCACGGCCCUCACCUACCACCUGCGUGCGGACGGGGACGCUGCCAGCUUUGGCAUCAUGCCUGAGAGUGGCUGGCUGUACGUCAAGAGUGCCCUGGACCGGGAGACACGCGACCUGUAUGUGCUGACGGUGCUGGCCUCGGCAGGAGGUGGUGGGGCAGGGGGGGACGCACGGAAAACUGGCACCAGCACCGUGCGGAUCAGCAUCACUGACGAGAAUGACAACAGCCCCCGACUGAGCGAGGAGCGGUACUUCUUCACUGUGCCUGAGAAUCAGGCUCCGGGCAGCAGCGUAGGUAGGGUGACGGCCAGCGACCGGGACACGGGGCAGAACAGCCGGCUCACCUACCGCCUGCUCCAGCAUGAUCCCAGCUUCCUUAUCCACACACAGACAGGUGAGACACUCACGACUUCCCAGGUGGAGCUGACUGGGGAGGUCAGCACCAAGCACAGCCUGGACCGGGAGCAUCAGUCCAGCUUCCAGCUCCUGGUGAUUGUGCAGGAUGGCGGAGCACCACCCCGCAGUGCCACUGGAACCAUCUAUGUCACCGUGCUGGAUGAGAACGACAAUGCUCCUGCUUUCCUCCAUGUGGGCAGUGGUCAGGAGCUACCUGUGCAGGUGCUGGAAGAGAAGCCAUCAGGACUCCUGGUCGCCUCCCUGCAGGCCAAGGACCCUGACGAGGGGGAGAAUGGAACCAUCAUCUACUCACUGAUAGGCACCUGGGCAGAGCGUUUCACCCUGCACAUGGCUACUGGAGAGCUGCGGACAGCCGCAGUUCUGCGCCGUGCUGACCGCGCUGAGUACGUCUUCACUGUGACAGCCAGCGAUUGCGGUGUGGUGCCUCACAGCACGUCAGCCAUCGUUCGUGUCCAGGUGCUGCCAUCCUCCCGUGUGCUGCCACGGCCCGACACCACCGUGCUGACCCUGCACCCACUCGAGGGGGUCAAGCCGGGGUCUGUGAUUGGCUCGGUGGCCCCUCUGGAUGCCCCUGCACGAGGACAGUUGACCUACACAGUGGUAGGAGGUGGUGGGGACGGCACCUUUGUGGUUGACAGCACGACAGGGGAGAUUUAUGCUGCCCGGGAGUUGGACUAUGAAGCUGGGGCACGGCACGUGCUCCAGGUGAGCGCUGAGGACACCCAGCAUGGCUACCUCUUCAACCGGCUGGUGCUGGUCCAGAUCCAUGUGCAGGACUGCAACGACCAGGCGCCCACCUUCCCUGAAGACCCCAUCACCAUUGUGGUGCCCGAGAAUGCCCAG